UUUGGUGUCACAUGUUGCGUGUCUCAGUAAAAUCACGUGACGCGUUAAAAAGUUUUGAAUUAUUCAGCGGAAAAAAGGAAUCAAUUUCAAAACAGAAGAUGGAGGGACAGAGCUCUGUUGAGAAGAGGGUAAUUGUUGUGGCAAUGGAUGGCAGUACUGAAGCAGAAUCAGCAUUGCUGUGGUUCGCAAACAAUAUUUACAAGAAGGGAGACGAAGUUGUAGUUGUUCAUUGUUUACACCACACAGCUCAUUAUACCAUGGGAUCAGUUUGGGCCCCUGUUGACGCACAGGCUGUUGCAAGGGCGUUUGAAGAAGAAAGUAAACAUGCAACAAAAGUGUGUAGCCAGCUUACAGAUUUACUACAUAAAUAUGAGAUUGUCGGUAAAGUCAUGCAACUUCAAGGGGACCCUGGACAUCAAAUAGUUACAACAGCAGAGGAGUGCCGAGCAUCAUUUAUUGUCGUAGGGUGUCGGGGGAUAGGAGUUAUCAGGCGGACAGUUUUAGGAAGUGUCAGUGACUAUAUUGUACAUCAUUCCAAUAUUCCCGUUCUUGUGUAUCGUCAUUAGAUUUAUCUGUAUUUUCAAUAAAUGUCCAUUGAUACACGUA